AUGAGUUCAAGAUUUGCAAAUCGCAGAAAGCCUCGGAAGAUUGGCGGGGAUGACGAGGAGGAGGAUGGCGCCGCUCCAUUAGAGUCAGUUGUCAAGCGCCCAGCAAACUUCAAACCGAAACAAAAAUCCAAGUUGCAGCUAUCAUUUGGCGCCGACACAUCAAUGAACGAUGGCGAUCAGGAAAGCGAAGUGAUUGUACCCAAACGCCACGGCCUCGGGCGCAAGGCGAUGGGAAGGAGCGCCGCUGCAAUCUCAGCCGAGGAUCUUUCUGCCCGUUUCGGCCAGGACCAAGAUCGGCCCACCUACAGCCAGGACUACUUGAAAGAACUUCGCAAUUCAACACCCUCCACCCCGAAAACACUUACCGACGACGAAACCAGCAAGGCCGUGGAUGUUGCCGCCAAGUUUGGGGAGGUUAUGACUGUUGCCGGACAAGCGCAUAUCCCUAGCGAAGCCGAGAUUCGUGAGAAGAAAGCCCGACGCGCGCGCUUGGCCCUUGAACAUAACGCGAAUGGAGAUGACUUCAUUUCAUUAGACGACCACGAUGCAGCACAUGUCGAUGACUGGGAUGCAGUGGCACGAGGAGAUAAAGAAGUGAAGGAUACAAGACUCGUUCGGGAUGAUGAGGACUUUGCGGAAGGAUUCGAGGAGUUCACGGAGGAUGGGAAGAUCUCGCUCGGACGGAAGGCAGAGCGUGAGAAGAAGCGAAAGGACCGCGAAGCAAUGCGUGAACUCAUUGAGGAUGCUGAGGGUGUUUCCGAUGAAGAUGAUUCUGACUUUGAGGAAAAAGCUGCCUAUGAAGCCGCCCAGACCAGGGCAGCUAUGUAUGGCAAGUCAGAUGCUAUUGAUCGUCCGAAAACGCCCCCCAAGAUGACAUCUCUCCCAAGACUGGCUAGCAGCUUCGACAGGCUGCGUAUGUCUCUGGCGUCAAUGCAGGGCUUAAAAACACAAAUGAUCAGUCGCAUGGAGGAAAUGAGGAAGGAAAAGGCGGAUAUUGCAGUCCGUGAGGUGGAGAUUCAGGCGAUGAUCAAAGAAGCCGGCGACAACUAUGAGAGAUUGAAGAAGGAAGCCGGGAUUGCCCGGAGUGGUGAACUGAACCCUUCCAAUGGAGCUUUAGAAAAGUCCAGAGGACUGGAAAGUAUUGGUGCCCCCGUGCCAAUGAGACAUUCCUCGACAUCGGACUCGUCAGAUUCCAGUUUCGAGGAGGAUUCUUCAUAG